GGCCGGCAGAGAGCAGUGUUGGAGAGCAGAUGGGAUUACCGGAGGCUCUUUGGCGGGAGCCCAGAGAGCUCCAGACUGAAAUCUCCAACCACUUGGUGGGCUCUUCCACAAUACUCUAAAAUAUUUCAGCUUCAAAGAAACCUCCAGUAUUUGAAAUGUGCAAAUUCGUCUUAUAAUAAAAUCCAGGAAGAGCAUAGACUAAAUUCACACCCAAGUUUAGCUGAUCAAGUUCUGAGACUAUCAUUGGCCUGCUGAUGGCACAGGAAAUAGAGGACCUUAAUUCAAAAGAAUAAAAUCUGUGCUUUCCUCAACCCAGUAGAGCUCCACAAAAGAGUCCACAUAUGGUCUGAAAACCACCUCCCUAAUAUUAGUCAGCUGGCCAGCUGGAGCCCCAGGCCAGUCUUGUGCCUCCAAAGGAGUUGGCAGGUCCUCAGAUUCAUCAACAAGACAGAAACUCCAAAAGAGGGAUUUCUUGGUAUAGAGAUUAUGAGGGCAGACUCGGGAGCCAGAUAGCUUGGGCCCAAAUCCUGUCUCUGCCACUUACUGGUGAUGUGACCUUUGGCCAUGCGACUACAUAGUUCAUCUGUAGGUUGUUUGCAUGAAACAUGAUCACUGCUACCGAGGCAUCCUUUUGCUCCUGCUGAGUAGUGCCUGCCUGCAUCUUCAAUCUUUGUGUUGACAGCCACAUUGUUCCACUCUCCAUAAGAUGAAGGACCUCUCGGAUUGUGCUCCUCACCUCAUAAUGAGAAUUAUCAGCAGGCCCGGAUGGAUUCCUAAGCAAUAUGUGAAAAUGAGAUCCAGAGCCAUGAAAGGACUUACUGAGGAUCACUCAUCCCAGGCAGUGAUUGAGGCAUGCUAACAACUCAGGUCUUUUGACUUGUUCACAUUUCCUUCCAUUAUUGAUAUGUGCAGACUUUGACUUCUGGGUAUUGGAUGGUGGGCACAGCCAAUUUAUGUCUUGAAUGGAAUAAUGAGGGAGUUAAGAUUCAUUUUCUGUGAGCCACCUCUGAACAUCACCCCUGUGAAGUCCUUUGGUGCCAUUUUGCUGAUGGAAGAAGCUUAAGGUGAAUGACUUCUGAACCUUCAUCACUGAGGAUAACAUGAAGCUAGUCACUUGCCAUCUCGCCACACCUGAGCAUGCCAAACUGCGUUUCAUGGAGGGAAUUCCAGAAAGACAUGUUGCCGACCCAAAGAAGGAAUUGCUCCUUGGCCCUAUGAUUUAUGCAGGAGCAGAGGCAGCACGCAAUCGAGCUGUCAAGAGAGCGUCAGCUUAUUAGGCAAAUGCUGCGUGGUUUCUGAAGAGGGUCGACGCUAUAAAAUCCCACUCCAGGCUCUGGUGUGGAGAAACUCAGAGCCCAAGUCCGUUGAGAGACUGAAGAGAAAGAUAAGAGGUGAAGAAAAGAGAGUGAGGACAGAAAGGAGAGGGAAGAAAACCCCUGAAAAAGCCCGGAGACGUUCCUCUGCAGAGAGGCGGCAGCGCCCCACUCACCUGCAGAAGCACCUCAGAAGCGAGCGCCCCUAACAUGCGGCUGCCGCUGCUCUUGUCCGCGGGCGUCCUGCUGGUGGCUCUCCUGCCCUGCCCACCAUGCAGGGCCCUCGUCAGCCGGGGGCCCAUCCCCGGCGCCCGGCAGGUGCCGCAGCACCCCCAGCCCAUGGAUUUCUUUCAGCUGCCGCCGCAGCCCCAGCAGCCCCAACAGCCGCAGGCUCGGCCCGUCCUGCUCCGCAUGGGGGAGGAAUAUUUCCUCCGCCUGGGUAACCUCAACAAGAGCCCCGCUGCGCCCCUCUUGCCCGCCUCUUCACCUGUCGCUGGCGGCAGCGGCAGCCGCCUUUCGCCGGACGAGGCGGCCGCCAACUUUUUCCGCGCGUUGCUGCAGCAACUGCCGCUGCCCCGGCGCCCGCUCGACAGCCCCGCAGGUCCCGCCGAGCGCGGAGCAGAGAACGCCCUUGGCAGCCGCCAAGAGACACCGGAGAGGGAGAGGCGAUCCGAGGAACCUCCCAUCUCGCUGGAUCUCACCUUCCACCUCCUCCGAGAAGUCUUGGAAAUGGCCAGGGCCGAACAGUUAGCGCAGCAAGCUCACAGCAACAGGAAACUGAUGGAGAUUAUUGGGAAAUAAAACGGUGUCUUUAAUGGUGUUUAGAAAGUGUAGACCCAGAAGGAAAUGUUUUGAAGCAGACAGAAGUCACCCAAUUUAUUUUGUUGUGGUCUGAGCCAAAGAGAAUGUCACUCUCUUGGGUGGGUGAAACAAAAUCUGUAAGCUCUUUGAAUCAACCUUUCCUUGUAAACGUUUCAGUAAUAAAACAUCUUUCCCAAUCCUUGGUCCAUUUGGUUGUGUAAAAGAAUGUUGAAUAUUUAUAUUUUUAAUAAAA